GGCCCCGCAUUCGCCAUUCUCCCAUAUCCUCUUUGCUUGAUCAAUAUAUCAUGGCGCAAGGCAUUUCUAUCUUGCAGGUGAUUCUCUCAAGUAUCUGCAUUUUUGGACUCUACUUAAUCUGGUUUUAUUUCACAUCCCCUCUAAAAAGCAUCCCCGGGCCGUUUCUAGCAAAAUUCACGAAUUUCUGGCGCUUGAUUGACACCUACAAUGGCCGGGCAGAGCUCACACACAAAUUCCUUCACGAAAAAUACGGACAAGCUGUACGAAUCGGUCCAAAUCUCGUCAGUCUUAACGAUCCAGAUCUCGUUCGGACUAUUUACAGCCUUAAGGGGGAGUUCCUCAAGAGUGACUUCUACACGGUCAAUGACAGCAAAGUCGGAAGCAUAACCAUCAAAACUGUCUUUGGUAUUCAAACCAACGAUGUGCACAGUCAGAUGUUGAGACCUGUUCAAAAGCUGUAUAAGAUGGGUCAUAUAUUGACACUUGAACCGCUGGUUGAUAAUACUAUCAACAAUCUUUUCAGACGUCUCGAUGAGUCAUUCGUUAAUGGGCCCAAUGCAGGGAAGACUUGUAAAAUAGAUGACUGGAUGGUGUUCUUUGCUUGGGAUGUCAUCGGCCAGGUCACCUUCAGUAGAUCGAUGGGAUUUCUGGAUGCUGCCUACGACCAUUCUGGCUAUCUCGACGUAUCCAACCAGAUCAACGACUAUUUUGGCGUAAUUGGACAACUCCCCGCUUUGGACCACUGGCUUGCAAAAAACCCCGUGUGGCCUAUUGGGCCCCUAACUGUUGACAAAGCCGCGGCAUAUUGCGCAGAGCAAUCCAUUGCACGACAAAAAGGUACCGAUAGCAAAUAUAUUGAUCAGAAAGACAUGCUAGAUGAUUUCCUGGAGCUCAAACGUUUGAAUCCAGGAAUGGUGAACGAUAACACAGUCAUCGGUUAUAUGCUAGUCAACAUCCUUGCUGGUGCUGAUACCACUUCCAUUGCGAUUCGAUCAAUCAUCUACUUCACCCUCAAAAAUCCUAGGGUGUACAAAAAGCUCCAGCAGGAGAUAGACAAUGCCAAUUUGUCCUUGUCUGUUGCUUAUAAAGAUGCAGCUAAACUACCAUACCUUGAAGCAGUAGUCAGGGAGUCCAGCCGCUGUUUUCCAGGCGUUGGUCUCCUACUUGAGCGUGUCGUCCCCGCAAGUGGUCUUACCCUUCCCGAUGGUACUUUUUUGCCGCCAGGAACAAAUGUAGGUAUGAGUGCCUGGACCGUUCAUCAAAGCAAGAAGGUCUUUGGUGAAGAUGCCGGAUACUUUGUUCCGGAACGCUGGCUUCGAUAUGAGGAUCUUGAGACUCAAGAGGAGUAUGAAUCUCGUCGUUCCGCAAUGAGAUCAGCAGAUCUCAGCUUUGGUGCUGGGAAAAGAAUUUGUCUGGGUAGAAAUAUCAGUAUCCUUGAGAUAUACAAACUUAUCCCUUCGCUGUUCUUAAACUAUGACAUUUCUCUCGUGAACCCUCGAAAGGAAUGGAAAGUUCAGAAUUCGUGGUUUGUAAGGCAAAGUGAUAUUGACGUAAGGAUCCAAAAACGAAAUUCUGCAGCAGUCUAAUUCCGGCGCUGUAACUAGUGUGAAUAUCAAGUUCAAAUUUAAAUGCAAUCCA